GCUCCAGCAUUUAGAGAGAUGAAAGGGAGGAAGAGCAAAGGAGAAGACAUAACCUAUGACCCAGAUAUGAGUUCGGAACUCAGAAUCAACCUUGUUGGCAAAACUGGAGCUGGGAAAAGUGCAACGGGAAACUCCAUCCUUGGGGAAAGAAGGUUUGAGUCCGAACUCAGGACAAAGCCAGUAACUGUGACUUGCGAAAUAGGGCAAAGGAGCUGGAAUGGGAGGGAGCUUGUGGUUAUUGAUACACCAGCCAUUUUUGACUGAAAGGUUUGUUGUGCAGAAACAUAUAGAGAGAUUGGUCGCUGUAUCGCACUCUCUGCCCCUGGCCCCCAUGCUCUGCUGCUGGUGACCCAGCUGGGCCAGUGCACUGAAGAAGACAAGGACACAGUGAAGCAAGUCCAGGAGAUUUUUGGACUUGAAGCCAUGAGGCACAUGAUUGCCCUGUUCACCCGGAAAGAAGAUUUAGACGGUAACUCGCUGUGUGACUACAUGAGAAAGAACCAAGAUCUUAACAGGCGGAUUCAGAAGUGUGGGGACUAAUCCUGCGCUUUCAAUAAUGAAGCAGCUGGAGCAGAACAGGUGCAGGUUUCUAAGCUGAUUGAAAUGAUCCAGGGAAUGGUUCAGGGGAACGGCGGCAGAUGUUAUGUCAGUGAGAUCCACUCGGAACCUAGUUUCAUAGUAGCAGUCGUCUUCCCGGGCACCCUCAGUCUAUGCCAGUGCAGCUCUGGAUAA